AUGAAUGCUGACGAAAGUAGGAUUGGGUUAAAAGGUGGUGAUGGGACUUUUCCAAAAAUUAGGGAUUUCACUCAUUUUGUCGAACCUUUGAAAAAUAAUUUAUUGGAGAAAGGAUAUUCAAAGCCUACACUUGUACAACGUUCUGUGAUUCCUAUUAUUGAGAAAAAGAGAGGUUAUGAUUUAAUAGCAAGAGCACAAACAGGAACUGGCAAAACUGGCGCUUUUCUAUUUCCAAUUAUUCAUUUACUUCAUAGAAGAAAACAAAAGAUGAAUAUUAAUGGAAGUCCUUUAUACGAACCAAAUAGAAUUAACACAACAACUUGGAGACACGGCAAAAGUACUUGUCUAAAAGUAGUUUGUUCAUAUGGAGAAAUUAGAAUAUCUGAAUCAUUGGAAGAAAUGCGUAAUGGUUUUGAUAUUUUUGUGAGUACAAUGGGGAGAAUUAUGCAAUUUAUAUCUGAAGAGAAGGUAAAAUUGACUGGAUUAAAUUUUUUGGUGUUAGAUGAAGCAGAUAAAUUAUUAAAAGAUGAAAUUUUCUUUAGAGACAUUUUAAAAAUACAAGAAAUAGCAACAAAGAAUGAACAAAAACAUAGAACUUUAAUGUUUUCUGCAACAUUUGAUGGAAUUGUUGAGGAAUAUGCGGGACGGAUUUUACAACCAAAUUAUUUUAUGAUAUCAAUUGGAGGGAGAGACGUUUUACCUCAAACUGUUAAACAAAAAUUUGUUGUGUCAACAAAAUAUCAAAAAUUUUCUGUUUUAUGUGAUGAAAUUCUUUCAAAAUUGAAACCAAAAUGUAAAGGAAUAUAUAAAGAUGUAAAUGGAGUUACUUGGAGGAGAUUAAGUAAAAAGGUUGCCAUUUUUUGUAAUUCUCGACGUAUGACAAAUUGGUUGGCUUUAAAAUUAUCUAUUAGAGGAUGGAAAUCAAUUCCAACUAGCGGUGAACGUUCACAAAGACAACGUCAAGAAGCUUUAGUUGCAUUUGAAAAAGGCGAUUGUGACAUUCUUGUUUCGACAAGUGUAAUAUCUAGAGGUUUAAAUUUGGUUGGACUUGAAUUAGUUGUUAAUUACGAGAUGCCAAAAACUUUUGAUGAUUUUGUACAUAGAACAGGAAGAACAGGCCGAGCUGGGAAUGUAGGAAGAGCAAUUACAAUAGUUGACCCUGAUUGUUUAUUAGAUUUGAGGCUUGUUACAGAAUUAAUUAAAGAAAUGCAAAAAGAAAAUAUUGAAGUUCCUUCUGCUUUAAUAGAAUUAAAUUGCCCAAUAAAUUAUGACUAA